AUGCUGUUGCACUGCGGACGAGGCGGCGUGGCGCGCGCAUCGAUCUGCGGUGUAUGGACAGCGGCAACCGUGGCAGCAGCAGUAGCUGUUUCACUGUCUUUUUCUGCUGAGACGUCUGCUCCUUCUUUUCUCACUUUUCCUCCUCCCCACAGUCGCCCUAGCUCCCUCGCCUCCCGCUUCCUGGCGCAACACAGAGCAGCCCUAGCUGCGCGGUCACUGCGGCACCAACAGCAACUCCAGCAGCAGCAACCGCAACAGCAGCAGCAGGGUUCUCCUGUAUCUGCGUUUUUGGCUUCUGUAGGGGCUGGCCAGUCGGGUGUGCAGCGGCAGGGGCCCCCCGCUUUAUCCUUUUCUUCUCUGCCAAGGGGCCCCCCAUCCUCUAGGGCCCCAGGCGACCCCACGGGGGCCCCCGUAGGCGCUGCUGAGGGGGCCUCCCCGCAGCAGUACCCAGCAGCAACGAUGGCGUGGCAUAGCCAUGGAAGGACAAACAAAGAGCUGGUGGAGAACCUGAGGAGGGCCGGGGUCUUCACAGAUCAACGUGUGUAUGAGACGAUGGUGCAGGUUGACCGUGGUUAUUUUGUAAAGGAAGACCCUUAUCUGGAUAUGCCUCAAUCUAUUGGCUUUGGGGCCACCAUCUCUGCCCCUCAUAUGCAUGCGAUUGCACUGCAGCAAUUAAAAGAUGAACUGAAAUGGGGGAAUAGAGCGCUUGAUGUUGGCAGCGGCACGGGGUACCUAACAGUUUGUAUGGGCCUCAUGGUGGGGGCGGGCGAGGAGGGGGGGGGAAUAGCCAUAGGCAUGGAUUACAUACAAGGCCUCGUAGACCUCUCCAGAAGGAACGUGGCUGCUGGAUAUCCUCAGCUGUUGCAGAGCAAGAACUUUGAGUUGAUAAAAGGGGACGGUUGGGCUGGGGGCCCCUCAUGGGGGGCCCCAUAUGAUGCGAUUCAUGUGGGUGCAGCAGCAGCAGCAGUUCCUGCUGCGCUGCUGCAGCAGCUUGCUCCAGGGGGUAAGAUGGUGAUUCCGGUGGAGUGCAAGAGAGGCCGUAUAACCCUUGAGGGUUUAGGGGAGAGAGAAAUAGGAGGAGAGCUUGGGGGGGGGCAGGCCCUGGUUGCUGUCAAUAAGAACGAAGAGGGGACUGUCUCCGUUAAGUAUGUCACCAGUGUGGUGUAUGUACCCCUUGUACGCACCUCCUAA